AUGCCUAAGAGAAAGUCACUGACUGGUAGGAAGGAGCGCAAGAGAGAUGCUGAGAAGAAGAGGCAAAAGAGACUUAAGUCCUGCCCUGAUCUUCCAGCAGAAAUACCAGUGACAGAGUCCAAUGCUCCACACAGAGAAGUGGAUGCAGCUGCUCCUGGCUCAGAGUGUGGCUCUAUAGGGUUGCCACCUACUUCGCUAAAACCCUUGGCCAGGGUGCAGGCCUCUCCUAGUGAGAAAAUGCACUCAGCCCCGAGGUUGUCACCUCCUCGGGGAAGUCGUCUGAUUGUCCCAAAGGACAAGGUAGCAUCCCCUGACUCCCCAGCGUGGGUUUGUACUCCACCGAGAGUACCUGAAUCGGACAUUUGGAUGAUGUCUGGUUCAGCAGGUCAGGCGCAGCUGAUACCUCCCAAGGGGGAAGAGGUCAGCAGGGCUUUAAAAAAAGAUGAGAGGCACAAUGAGGAAAACAAAGGAAAUAUAGAGGAAAACAAAAGAAAUAUAGAGGAAAAUAAGAAAAUAGAACAAGAAUCAGAGAAAUUUGAAAAGAAAUCAGAGAAAUUUGAAAAGAAAUCAGAAAGAUUUAUUAGAGAAUCUAAAGAACCUUUCGAGGAAUAUAGGCCAUGCACGAGAAGAAACAAAAUAAAUAACAUAAAAGAGAAGAUUUCUCAAGUUAAAAAUUGUGAGUGUUCUUUUAUGAAUGAAGACAAUGAGAACAAUGAUAGAAAGGAUACUGAACAAAAUGUUGCUAGAGAAACUCAUGGUAGAUGUUCAAAAAAUCAGAAUUUGUCAGUGCAGGGUUCAUUUCAUCAGGGAGAUCCAAUGUUUGGAGAAAAUGCUGGAUCUCAGUGUGUAGCUAACUCUUUAACAGCACUGGCAUAUCAUCAACUGAAGAAUUGUGAACAAUGGCAAUCAGAAGAUAUGAACAAAAUAUUGGCAACAGGAGAUGAGUUGUAUUCAUAUCUACAGUGCAGUUCUACAAUUGCAAGCAGAUACCUUUUAGUGAGUGAGCUGCCUCAGUUAUUUGAAUGCUUUGGUAGACUGUAUGAGUUUAAAGCAAAUGAGUCUUUACCAAGUCUGAUAAACUUAGCAAAUGUAGUACUGGAUUAUGCUGACUUCAAUGCUCAUGAAUUGUUAGAGGCACUUCAAAUAGCACUUGAUGACAGUGAUGGGUGUUUUGUAUGUUUUGGUGGAAAUACAUUUUUGAUUGGGAAAUCUCACCAUAAUUUUUUCACAUUUGAUUCCCACUCAAGGUCUUCUGCAGGAUUUCAAAGUGUAAACGGUAGAAGUACACGAGUUUUGCAUGAAUCUGUUCAAGAUCUAUGGAGUCAUAUUAUGUCUUUAGCAAAAUCAAUGGGUUAUGCUCAAGCAAUUGAAUGUGAAAUAACUGGAGUGCAUUGCUCAAUUAGACAGCUUUCAUUGAGAAAGGAAGAAGGCAUUGACAUUGAAAAAGAAUCACAAUUCAAUGGUGUAGAGAAAGAGACCAAUUUUCAAUGUGAUACUAGUUCUAGUUUACAAAAUGCUGAUGGGGUAGAAUACCUUGGCAGUGAGAAAGAUCAGAAAAGAUUUUUACCACUUUCUAGUGAUCAAAAGAAAACUCAUUGUGAAAUCUUAGGAAUACCAUAUUCAGUGAAUGAGUGUGAAAAUCAAUAUCAGUAUGGACAGGAAAUUACAGUACCAGUGAACAGUGUAGCAGUUGAGCCUGAUGGAAAUUGUUUCUUUAGAGCAAUCUCGUUCUGUUUGACAGGAAAACAAGACUACCAUCAUACAAUACGUUUAGCAAUAUGCAAUCACCUCUUGAAAAAUGGUUUGCUUUUUACACCAUUCUUAAGACAAGGUCACAGUUCUGUAGAAAACCACAUUUCCUUGUCAGGCAUGCUUAUGGAUGGAAAAUGGGCAACUGAAAUAGAGAUUCUAGCACUGUCCCAUUUACUGAAAACUGAAAUUCAUACAUACUCGCAGAACAGAUGGGUUACGUAUUCAGGACAAAUGGUAAAUUCAGAAGAAAAAGUGAAUACAUCGGGUGGAAUUUAUCUAGAUCAUAUAAAUCAGAAUCAUUAUAAUGUUGUUACAUCUAUUACAUAUGGAGAAAAUGUUGAAGUGACUUCAUUACAAAAUCUAUUACGUUUGAAAGAAAAUGGAAGGAAAAUUGAUACAGAGAGAAAGCAGAAAAGACAACAACAAAGAUGCAAACUUCAAAUGUCAGGUGUAAGUGCUAAAGAAAAGAAAUUGAGUAGGCUAAACAUGAAGUACAGAACAGACCCAAAAUUCAAAACAAAAUGCAUUGCAGAUGCUAAGAAAAGAUACAGAAAUGAUCCAAACUAUCGUGAAAAUUUGAAAGCGCUCGGUGUUAAAAGAUACAAAACAAACCAGCUACACAAAGAAAAAGUGAAAGAAAGAAGUAAACAAAAGUAUGAAACAAACAAGCUUCACAAAGAGGAUGUCAAACAAAGAAGUAGACAGAAAUAUAAAACAAAUCAAUCACACAGAGAAGAAGUCAAACACAGAAGCAGGCAGAAGUAUAAAACAAACAAACAGCAUCAAGAGAAGGUUAAAACAGCUAGUAAAGUUAGGUAUCAUUCCAGUGCAGAAACAAAGGUACAGAAAAAGGAAUCUGUACAAAAACAAAGACGAGCACUGCAUGAAAUGCUUGAAAAUAUUGAUGAAGUAGUAAAAUCAUUUAAAACCAGUGUUAGACAUGGACCAGAAUAUGUAUGUUGCUGCUGCCAUCGCCUUUUGUUUGAAAACCAGGUACAAGGAUGUACACCUGAAAUGUAUGAGAAAAGUAUUAAGGCAGCUCACAUUGCAGAUUUAUGCAUUGAUAAGAAAUAUGUUCAUACUUGUGCAUCUGGAUGUUCUCCUAAUUGUCCCAAAGCAAGAACAUGGAUUUGUUUCACAUGUCAUAGAAAAAUUCUAAGUGGAAAUGUUCCAGCUGAAGCAGCUUUUAACAAAAUGUGUUUGGAAGAUAUUCCACCAGAGCUCAAUGAUCUGAAUACUUUAGAGCAGCAUUUAAUUGCUCUGCAUAUACCUUUCAUGAAAGUAACCCUGCUUCCAAAAGGUGGCCAACAAAAUGUACAUGGACCUGUUGUAUGUGUGCCAUCAAACAUAAAGAAAACAAGCAGUUUACCUCUGAAUGGAAAUGAAAAUCUCUUGUUACGAGUUAAACUCAAACGAAAGUUGUCAUACAAAGGAUAUUAUGAAUAUCAGUUUGUAAAUCCAAAUCACAUUAAAAUAGCUCUCAACUACCUGAAAGAAAACAAUCAGUGGUAUCAUGAUGUUGAAAUCAACACAACAUGGGAAAAGGAUAAUGACCAGAGUACCUUAUUCAGCCAGCCAGAAGCAUUUGACAGUGAAGAAAUAAUGGAAGAACAGAACAGUGUAAAUGAAGAAGUUGUCACAGAUACUUGUUUACAGCCUGUAGAUAUUGCACAAGAAGUUCUAGAUCACUACUUUGAUGAUGUGUAUAAUCUUGCUCCGGGUGAAGGACAGAAUCCAGUAAGAAUGUUGCAAGAGGAGGGCAAUGAAGCAAAAACUUUUCCUUAUUUAUUUCCAACUGGAAAAUAUUCAUUGAAUGAAAGUCGAGAUGUAAGGAUAACCCUUUCUCGAUAUUUUAACAACAGGCUGAUGAAUGCAGAUAACAGAUUUGCAAAGGAUACCAAUUACAUUUUCUUUUGUCAAUACCUAUCUGAAUUGAACCAGGUUAUUGAGAAAACACAAAUUUCAAUUCGCAAAUCUGUAUCGAAACUUGAUGGAGGGAUACCUGUCACGACAGAAAUGUUACAAAAUCCUGUUGUACUUGCAAAACUGCUUAAGAGUGAUGAGGCUAUGCGAUUUAUGCAACCAAUUAGAGGAACACCUGCAUAUUGGUCAAGUACACAAAAAGAUCUUUUUGCUAUGCUCCGACAACUUGGAAUCCCCACAUGGUUUUGUUCUUUUUCUGCGGCAGAAUUCAGGUGGAAUGAAAUACUGGGUUCAAUUAUGCUACAUAUGAAUGACAAUAGAAAUCCUUCUGAUCUAGAUUGGUCUGAGAAAAGUGAAAUUCUGAGAAGCAAUCCUGUAACGGUUGCUAGAAUGUUUGAACAUAGGUUCCAUGUAUUCCAGAAAAAUGUAAUAAUGUCACCAGCAAAACCCAUAGGAACUAUUGUAGAUUACUUUGUUAGAGUUGAGUUUCAGCAGAGGGGUUCUCCUCAUAUGCACUGCUUGUACUGGGUUGAGAAUGCUCCAAAAUUGGAUGAAGAUAGUGAGGAGACUGUUUGUCACUUCAUUGAUAAGCAUGUUACAUGUGCUCUGCCAUCAGAAGACACUGACCAAGAACUUAGACAAAUUGUAUUGAAUGUUCAACAACACAGCAAAGGACACUCCAAAUCGUGUAGGAAGAAAGGAACAGAAUGUAGGUUCAAUUUUCCAAGACCGCCUUCAGAGUGCACAUUCAUUUCAAGACAAUUAGAACAAAAUGUGGAUGAGUCAAGUAGUGAGUCAAGUAGUGAGUUAGGUAGUGCACAGGCAAAAGAGAUUUUGUUGAAGGUGUGGAAUGAAGUAAUGGAUGAUGCUAAGGCAUGUAAAACAACAGAGGAAAUAUUCAGCAAUAUUAACCUAUUACAGGAUUUGUAUGAAAAAGCACAUCGAGUAUUGGCCUCUAAGACAACCACUGUUUUGAAACGAAAUCCAACAGAAAUGUGGACAAAUCAGUACAAUCCAUGCCUGCUCAAAAGCUGGGAUGCCAAUAUGGACAUUCAGUAUGUAUUGGACCCUUUUAGCUGCAUUGUCUACAUUAUAUCAUACAUUUCAAAGUCUGAAAGGGAAAUGGGAAUGCUAUUAAAGCAAACUCGAAUAGAAGCAGCAGAGGGAAAUUUGAGUGCACAUGAUACCAUCAAGAGGGUAGGAUCGGCUUAUCUAAAUCACAGAGAGGUCAGUGCACAGGAAGCAGUAUACAGGGUAUGCAAUCUUAAGAUGAAAGAAAGUUCAAGAAAAGUCAUUUUCAUACCUGUGGGGGAAAAUCCAACUCGUUUGAGUAAGCCUCUUGCACAAAUAAAAAAGAAUCAGCAAGUUGGGAGUGGUGAAAAUGAUUUUAUAGCAGAUGACAAUGAUGAUGAAGAAGAAGAUAGCAUGUGGAUGACAAAUAUUGUGGAAAGAUAUGAAAACCGUCCUGAGUUAAAUCCUUUCUAUGAAAUGUGUCUUGCUGAAUUUUGUUCGGAGUACAGAGUGCUUAGUAAAUCUCAGAUUCCUAAGGGCAAAAAAGAUGGUGUGUAUGAAUUGAGAAAUGGAAAGGGUUACAUUCAAAAGAGAAGUAGAGGGAAACCUGCUGUUAUACGAUAUCCAAGAUUCCAUCGAGGUAACGCGCCUGAAAAGUAUUAUCAGUGCCUGCUACAACUUUUCCUCCCAUACUGGAAUCUGAAUCAGUUGAGACCAACUGGAUUUGAUUUGUACCAGACAUUUUAUGAGAGUGGACAUGUGAGAAUGAAAUCAAAGUCAAACUUGGAAAAAGUAAAAAGCAUAGUGGAUAGUAAUCAUGUUUACUUUUCAAAAAGUGAGGAUGAUAUUGAAAAUGCCCAGGAUGCAUUAGAAAUGCUUGGUGAACCAGAGGACGCAUGGGCAAGUUUAUGUCCAGAAACAGAAUUAAAUCGAAGAGAAUGUUUGAAUGAGAAAUUAAGAAAUGAUGAGGAGAAUACAGAAUCAGAGGUCACAAAUGAAAUUGAGUGCAGUGGUUCUGAAGAUGCUAUGUAUCAUUUAAGGGAAUCUCAAAGCACCAGAAAAGAGAUGCUUCCUUUACUGUGCAGUUUGAAUGACAAACAGAAGCUGAUUUUUUAUGCUGUUCAUGAGUGGUGUGUCAAGAAAAUAUCAGGAGAAAAUGUACAGCCUAUGCACAUUUUUAUAACUGGAGGAGCAGGGACAGGGAAAAGCCAUCUGAUUAAGACAAUACACUACGAAGCAUCUCGUAUCUUUGAAAAAUCACUGCCAUCUCCAAAUGCAGUAUCGGUGAUUCUCACAGCUUUUACAGGAACAGCAGCAUUCAAUAUUGGAGGAAAUACCAUUCAUCAUGUGUUUGCUUUAACAAAAGCUUUACCAAUUCCAUAUCAACCCUUGAAGGAACAAAGUUUGAGUGGGAUAAGAACCAGAUUGGAACAUUUGCAGAUUUUGGUCAUUGAUGAGGUUUCCAUGGUGUACAAAAGACUAUUAUAUUACAUCCAUGAGCGACUUGUCCAAAUAAAAAAGUGUAAAGAACCGUUUGGUGGCAUAUCUGUGAUAGCAGUUGGAGAUUUUUAUCAACUUCCACCUGUUAAACAACGAAAAGAUGAGAGGUUGUAUAAAGAAAAUGGUUCAUAUCCAAUUGACUACUGGCUAGAUUUUUUUAAAAUUGUAGAAUUGGAUGAAAUAAUGCGACAACGUGAAGAUAAAGCAUUUGCAACUGUUCUGAAUUCACUGCGUAUUCGAACAUGUGAAGAGCCCUUAUCAGACGAAGCAUUGGAAACACUGCGGGAAUGUAUCAGAGAUGGACCAGAUGAUGUUCUUCAUGUUUAUUCAACAAACCAAGAGGCAAAUGACUACAAUAUUAAAAUGUUGCAUGGGAAUUGUGAAGAAUUAAUAGAAGUGCAUGCUGAUGAUUAUCAGAAAGACAAGACAACAGGGAAAUUAACUUUACGUGACAAACCUUUGGUUAGUACACGAGUUGAUGGCCUCUCUGCUUCCUUACUUUUGGCUGUGAAUGCAAGAGUAAUGCUAACACGAAAUGUAUGUGUUGAGGAUGGACUAGUCAAUGGUGCAAUGGGAUAUAUUUCAAAUUUUGUGUUUAAAAGAAAACAGCCUGCAUAUGCAGUAGAAGUAGUUGAAGUCAUUUUUGAUAGUACAAGUAUUGGUAAAAUACAAGGGAAGAAAACACCUAAUGGAAAUAUUGUCCCAAUUAAAAGAGUGGAGGAAGAGAUGAAUGAGAAAAAUAUAAAGAGUGUUGUCAGGCAUCAAUUUCCACUGAAACUGUCAUGGGCAUGCACAGCACAUAAAGUUCAAGGCAUGACUGCCAAGAAUGUUGUUGUGAAUUUAGAUCGGACUUUCUCUCCUGGCCAAGCAUAUGUCGCUGUCAGCCGAGUUACUUCAAAAGAUGGUCUAUUCAUUGAGACAAGUGAUGAAAGUGUCCUGCAGAAAAAAAUUUAUGCUGAUUUAGAUGUGAAGUUAGCACUUAGUAGAAUGGAGAGAUACAUUUUAGAUGAAGAAUGGACAUGCAAUGUAGCAAAGUUUGAAAACUACAAAACAAUUCUUUUGUUUAAUGUACAAAGUUUGAGAGGACACUUUCAGGAGAUGAAUUGUGACAACAGGUUGAUGAAAGCUGAUUUUGUAUGUUUAACAGAAACUUGGCUGGGAGAACAUGAGAACAUCCAAGAAAUUGAAAUUCCAGGGUUUGACUUUCACCAUAUUCCACGUAGCCAGUGUUAUGAUGAUGGUGAAAAAGUGGUGACAAGCCUAAAAACAGCUAAAGGUGGUGGGGUUGGAGUAUACAAGAAGAAAACAAAUGAGACAAUCUUGAUCAAUUCUUUGGAAUACAAGAAUAUAGAGGGAUUAGUUGUCGAAAUACAUGAGGAGGAUAUUGCGAUCAUUUUACUCUACCGACCACGUGUACUGCCUGUAAACAAUUUUCUUGACACAUUGCAAAAAGUGGUGGAUUUUUACAAGAAGCGUUUUAGCAACUUGAUUAUUAUUGGUGACAUGAAUGAAGAUGCUAAAGUGCAAGGACCGAUACUAACAUUCUUAAAAUCUUUGGGAUAUAUGCAGUUGGUGCAUUUUUACACAACAGAGGGUGCAACAACAUUAGAUCAUGUAUAUGUUACUGAUUCUGUGAAAGCCUGUGUGCACAAAAAAUCAUUACAUUUCAGUUAUCAUGAAGCUGUUGAAAUUCAUGUGAGAACUCAAAAAAAUAAAGGUUUAGAUGAAUUUUGA